ACCCCUUUUCUGCAUUCACGCUCUUCUCUUUCACUUCUCAACGUCAACGUGCUUCUCAUUCUGGACACGCAGGAAGAGACACAGGAAGAGACACGGGAAGAGACACGGGAAGAGACACGGGAAGAGACACGGGAAGAGACACAGGAAGAGACACGGGAAGAGACACGGGAAGAGACACAGGAAGAGACACGGGAAGAGACACGGGAAGAGACACAGGAAGAGACACAGGAAGAGACACAGGAAGAGACACAGGAACACACGCAGGAAGAGACGCAGGAAGAGACACAGGAAGAGACACAGGAAGAGACACAGGAAGAGACACAGGAACACACGCAGGAAGAGACACAGGAAGAGACACAGGAAGAGACACAGGAAGAGACAGGGGGAAUCAUAACACCACUACGGAGGGAUGAUGACCUAGCUUGCAGCUCAACCACACAGGAUUCCUACACUACUGGAUUCACGCUGUAAGAAGGUGACUAUCGGGUUUGAAUCUAUGACUCCAUGAUGAAUACACAUGUGGUUAUGAGAGACGGACGAGCGCUGUCAAGGGCUGAGUUCUUAUCAUUGCUGGACACGUACAACUGUUUUCUAAAAGACAAGACCCAACAGCAUCUUGUCUUCUAUGAGAGAGACGGAGACGUGGCGUUCGAGGGUUUCCUGAAUAUCUCCUGGGGAGUACGGCAGCCCAUCAGGCUCAAAAUACAGGAUGACAAACAACCGUUCACCAGCCUACUGUCACCUGACCCAGUCAGUCCAAUCAGUCCUCAUGGAGGCAAGAGGGGGAUGACACGAUGGGGGGAGUUUGAAGACCUUCAUCAGAUCAAUGAGACAGAGGAGAUCAACAAGCAGGAUCCUCCAGAGGAGACUAACAACCACACUACAGGGAGCUACAGGAGUUAUGAAAGCUGUACACUGCGCCCCACCCCAACCAAGCAGAAGACAGAGGUGGAAGAGGAGCAGUCCAACCUGAUCCGCUGUAUGAGUGAUGCUUCCCUGGUGAAGAGGAGGGUGAAGAGGAGUCCACAGAGAGAGAGGAACAGACAACACUGCUUCUCCAUCAAUGGACACUUCUAUAACUACAAGACGGCUAUAUUCACUCCAUCCUAUGGAACACCCACUAACGUCCGCAUCAACAGCAAAAUGACAACACAUCAGGUCAUAUCACAGCUCCUUCAGAAAUUCAAGAUAGAAAAUGAUCCCAAUGAGUUUGCCCUCUACUGUGUCCAUCAAAGUGGAGAGAAGAAGAAGCUGUCUGACUCAGACCUGCCGCUGUGGGAGAGGCUUGUCCAGGGCCCAGCGGAGAUCAUCAUGAAGAUGUUCCUCAUGGACAGAGAUGAAGAGGAAGUCAGCAACGAUGUGGCCCAGUACCUCAACCUGGAGCUGCCCAUCCUGGAGGGGGUUCUAGUGAAGCUGGAGGAAGAGGAGAACAGAGCAGUGCAGAGAAUCACCACCAAGUACAACCAGCAGCAAAUAGUCUUGUCUCAGCUUCUCAGCUCCAAGAUCAUCAAGACCGAGACAGAAGUGUGAGGAGUGGACUUCACGCAGACUUGACUGCACACUUCACGCAGACUGGACUUCACACAGAUUGGACUUCACGCAGACUGGACUUCACAUAGACUGGACUGCACACUUCACGCAGACUGGACUUCACACAGAUUGGACUGCACACUUCACACAGAUUGGACUUCACGCAGACUGAACUGCACACUUCACGCAGACUGGACUUCAUACUUCACGCAGACUGGACUGCACGCCGACUGGACUUCACGCCGACUGGACUUCACACAGACUGGACUGCACACUGCACACUUCACACUUCACACAGACUGGACUGCACACUUCACGCAGACUGGACUGCACACUUCACGCAGACUGGACUGCACACUUCACGCAGACUGGACUUCACACUUCACGCAGACUGGACUUCGUACUUCACGCAGACUGGACUGCACCCUUCACACAGACUGGACUGCACACUUCACGCAGACUGGACUGCACACUUCACGCAGACUGGACUGCACACUUCACACAGACUGGACUUCACACAACACAUACCAGAACAACAGUACACAGAAUACAGGAGGGGACAGACUGUCCAGGGAAGAGGAUGUUCAACAUUAAACUGAUACAUUUUGUGUCCCAAAUGGCACCCUAUUCCCUAUAUAGUGCACUACCUUUGACCAGGACCCUAUUCCCUAUAUAGUGCACUACCUUUGACAAAGACCCUAUUCCCUAUAUAGUGAACUACCUUUGACCAGGGCCCUAUUCCCUACAGAGUGCACUACCUUUGACCAGGCUGUUGCGCUGUAUAGGGAAUAGGGUGCCAUUUGGGACUCAUGCAUACUACACCAUAACUAAACCUGAAAGAUUGCAGGAGAAAACAGAUGUCCAGGGAAGAUAUUGUUCAAUGUUAACGUGAAACGGAUGUUAUACAGCAGACGAUGAUCAGAGAUGAACUGAAAGCAACAAGUAGAAAAAUAGGAAACGUUAAAUAUGUUAAUAUUUUUCAAUGAACCUGAUGCAUCUAAUAGAAAGUCCUUUUGGUACGAGAACGACUAGUCAUCCUUCCACCUACACAGCUGAACGACUAGUCAUCGCUCCAUCUACACAGCUGAACGACUAGUCAUCGCUCCACCUACACAGCUGAAGGGGUAGUCAUCCCUCCACCUACACAGCUGAAGGACUAGUCAUCCCUCCACCUACACAGCUGAAGGAGUAGUCAUCCCUCCACCUACACAGCUGAACGACUAGUCAUCCCUCCGCCUACACAGCUGAAGGGGUAGUCAUCCCUCCACCUACACAGCUGAAGGACUAGUCAUCCCUCCACAUAGACAGCUGAAGGGGUAGUCAUCCCUCCACCUAGACGGCUAGCUCCAGAACGACUAGCCAUCCCUCCACCUACACAGCUGAGUGGAGUAGUCAUCCCUCCACCUACACAGCUGAAUGAGUAGUCAUCCCUCCACCUACACAGCUGAACGGAGUAGUCAUCCCUCCACCUACACAGCUGAACGGAGUAGUCAUCCCUCCACCUACACAGCUGAACGGAGUAGUCAUCCCUCCACCUACACAGCUGAACGAGUAGUCAUCCCUCCACCUACACAGCUGAACGAGUAGUCAUCCCCUACACAGCUGAACGGGUAGUCAUCCCUACACAGCUGAACGAGUAGUCAUCGUUCCACCUACACAGCUGAACGAGUAGUCAUCGCUCCACCUACACAGCUGAAUGAGUAGUCAUCCCUCCACCUAGACGGCUGAAUGAGUAGUCAUCCCUCCUCCUACACAGCUGAAAGGGUAGUCAUCCCUCCACCUACACAGCUGAAUGAGUAGUCAUCCCUCCACCUAGACAGCUAGCUACAGAACGACUAGUCAUCCCUUCACCUACACAGCUGAAUGGAGUAGUCAUCCCUCCACCUACACAGCUGAACGGAGUAGUCAUCCCACCACCUACACAGCUGAACGACUAGUCAUCCCUCCACCUACACAGCUGAACGGAGUAGUCAUCCAUCCACCUAGACGGCUAGCUCCAGAACGACUAGUCAUCCCUCCACCUAGACAGCUGAAGGGGUAGUCAUCCCUCCACCUAGACAGCUAGCUCCAGAGCGGCUAGUCAUCCCUCCACCUAGACAGCUGAAGGGGUAGUCAUCCCUCCACCUAGACAGCUAGCUCCAGAGCGGCUAGUCAUCCCUUCACAUAGACAGCUGAAUGAGUAGUCAUCCCUCCACCUACACGGCUGAAUGAGUAGUCAUCCCUCCACCUACACAGCUGAAUGAGUAGUCAUCCCUCCACCUACACAGCUAGCUCCUGUUUCUGUAAUAGAUGCUCAGCAACACAACAAAUAAAUGCUAGCUAGCUCCCAGUUUGUACACUGGUUUGUUACUGUUGAAUCAUGUGAAGUGAUUCAUUUUUCAAUAACACACGGCUAGCUAGCUAACUGGCUAGCGGAGGUGUUCUGAUCACUAACAUUAUGGUUGGAAUGUACUUUUGACCAAUCAGAUUACUUGGCCCAGACUAACUGUUUAAUAAGCCCUAUAAAGUGGUAGUCUGAUCAUAGCAAAGAUUAUAAUUACCCAAGAUUGGACAGCGGCGUCAUUUACACUGGGAGCCCCCUCCGGAUGCUUCAUGUUUUUUCUGGAGGCCGUACAUAUAUUUUCAGCUUCCUGUGAUUACAGGACGUGACUUAAUUAGGGGUCAUAGGGGUGGUUUUGAAGAGUUUAAAACGUUUAUUUUUUUUAUUUUUUACAUAUCUGUGACCAGUGGACAGUUAUGACCCGGCAUGUGAAAUCUGAAUUCAAUCUGCCCAAAAAGGAUUGUUGAUCUCCAUUGGACGCAAUUGUCUUACAGUACCAGAGGGGUCUAUAUGUCUGUCCCCACCACCUUCUUCAAAAUACUUUCCAUUCUUAACCAAAAUUCUGGAGAAAAUUAGUUUUCAAAACAGCUAAAGGAUUUUUAAAGUGCCAACUGUAUUUUUGACAAAUUCCAAUCUAGUUUGCGGCCCACCACAGCGCACAGACAGCGUUAGUUCAAUUGGUAAAUGAUCCUAGAGCCAACAUGGAGACAGCCUUAGUGGUAAAUGAUCCUAGAGCCAACAUGGAGACAGCCUUAGUGGUAAAUGAUCCUAGAGCCAACAUGGAGACAGCCUUAGUGGUAAAUGAUCCUAGAGCCAAUACAGGUGCCAAACAGCUCUAUGUCCUUGUACUCUUUGACUUAAAUGGUGCAUUCCUCACAGUUGACCAUGAUGUCCUUCUGGACAGACUGGAGAGGUGGGUUGGCCUCUCCGGUCCAGUUCUAAAUUGGUUUAGAACCUGUUGUACCGUUCAAGAAUUUUUGGUCAACCUUGGUGAACAUAACUCAGAGAAUAUACAAACUGUGUUAGUGAUUUAAACUCUUGGAUGGCUCAACUUCCUCCAGCUAAAUCAAGACACUCCUGAGGCAAUUAUUGUUGGAGCCAAAGCACAGAGAGAGAAUCUCGACGCACAUUUUAAUUCACGGGCAAUAAAGAUAAAACACCAUGUAAAAAACCUAGUCAUUAUUUUAGAUUCUGAACUCCAUUUUGAAUCACACAUUAGGAAUGUGACCAAAAUAGCUUUUUACCACCUGAGGAACGUUGCCAAGGUGCAGCCGUUUCUUUCUCAGGCUGAUAUAGAGCGACUCAUCAAUGCUUUUAUUACAAUCAGGCUUGACUACUGUAAUGCUCUCCUGUCUGGUCUACCCAAGAGAGCCAUUGUUCAACUGCAAAACAUACAGAAUGCUGCAGCACGGGUACUGACCAAGACCAGACGGGAAGCACACAUUACAUCGGUUUUAAGGUCUCUACACUGGCUGCCUGUGAGUUUUAGAAUUAAUUAAAAUAUUUUUCUAACCCCAAUACAUACAUGCUCUUAAGUUAUGUACCCAGUAGGUCCCUCAGUUCCUCUGGCACAGGCCUUUUAACUAUCCCAAAGCCCAGGACCAAUAGGCAUGGAGAGACAGCCUUUUAACUAUCCCAAAGCCUAGGACCAAUAGGCAUGGAGAGACAGCCUUUUAACUAUCCCAAAGCCCAGGACCAAGAGCCAUGGAGAGGCAACCUUUAGUUACUAUGCCCCCAGCCUCGGGAAUAGCCUGCCAGAGAACCUGGGGGGAGCUGAAACUGUGGACGUAUUUUAAAGAGAUCUUAAAACACAUCUUUUAAGCUUUGAUUUUCCUUAGGGUGAUUUUUGAGUUGUUCAGUUUUUGUUAUUCUUUAGUUGUUUUAUCUUCUUAUGUUUGUCGUUUCAGUUUUUAUUUUCAUUUAUUUUUUUUCUUCCUGUGAAGCACGUUGUGUUGCAUUCCAAGUCUGAAAUGUGUUGUAUAAAUAAAGUUUGAUUAGAUUUGA